AUGACGCCAACACCAUCCAACUUCCACGGGCCCCUCCGACCUAAGCAGCUCCAAAUCGAUGCCCUCAAGAGGGAAGACGACACAAGAGUGCCGCCAUCGACCGAUCACGAUGGAUCUAGGGAUUUCCCCGGAGCAUACCCAGACAGGAAGCCACAACGUCACCUCGACGAUGCCUUCAAGAAGGGAGCGGCGCCCGAAGCCGCCGCCAUCGCCGGCCUCGGCCAGCUGCCGGCCGGCCAGCAACCGAGACAAGGCGUUAGCCCGGGACUUGUCGCGCCAUCCUGCUUCGUGCCCAAGACCGGACCACCUUCUUCCACCUUGCCCACCAACACCUCGCCGCAUCCGCCGAGCCACCGCCACGGCCCGCCUCCCCAUCAGAUCCGGGCGCGUAGGCCCCUGAUCCGCCACCCCACCGUCCCGGAGACGCUGCUCCAGCGUCCCUGUGCCCGCCUCCGCGCCACACAGCGCCCGCCCUGGCCUCCCGCGCACACCCGCCUGGAGACACCAAGCAGCAGCGCCCGCCUGGCCACCCCCGACGCCUGGCCGGAGCAACCCCGUCGGCACCAGCAGACAGCGCCGCACCAACCCUCCGCCGCACCACCUCCAGCCCACCGCGGCCCAGAUCGGCCCAGGAUGGCCCGCAUCACCGGCCGCCGCCUGCUGCUACGCCACGGCCGUGCCACCACAGCCCACAACGCCCAGCCGCACCCUCCCGCCGCCGCGGCAGACGAGACUCCAGGGCCGCCGCCCUGGCUUCCUCCCUCCCCUCCGACGACGCCCCACACGGGCCGGCCACCUCGACGGAAACGAGCUCCGGCCCCCUCACCCCCUUUGGAGAUGAGGCCCGCCGCCACCGCAGCUAGGGCCGGCGGCAGCGGCGGCAGGGGGGCGGCGCAGGCUGGCUGCUGGCGGCGCGAUUGGGGUUUGGCUCCCGGCGUCGCCUGGGGAGCGACGCGAGGAGCCCACCGCCUCUUUGUUCUUUAG